AUGCCUUGGCAGAAGACUUUCACCCUCACGCAGAACGGCAAAGGUCUCCACCUGGUCACCUCGGAGGUGGUCCGGGCAUGCGAAGAGGGCCUGAAGGGCGUGGAUGUCGGCAUCUUCAUGCUGCACUGUAUGCACACUUCAGCAGGUCUCACCGUCAAUGAAAAUGCCGACCCCUCGGUAAGAACAGACAUGGACAUGGCACUGGACAAGAUCGUACCUGAGUCCUUCCCUUGGGAGCACACAGACGAAGGACCAGACGACUCGGUCUCGCACUUGAAGUCAUCCCUGCUCGGUAACUCAGUCACACUGCCUAUCUCAAAAGGGAGACUCGUGCUUGGUACAUGGCAAGGCAUAUACCUUGGCGAAUUCAGGCAUUCAGGAGCGGGAUGGGGCGGAAGAGGAAGUGGGCGUAAGGUAGUCGCUACCAUCUUGUAA